AUGAAUGCCGAUGUUAGGUCCUUUGUCAGGCAGUGUGACACGUGCGCCUCAAAGAAGUCGCCUACUAAACGUCGAAGAGCCCCGCUGCAACAGUAUGUAGUUGGUGCCCCGAUGCAGCGUGUGGCACUGGACAUCCUUGGACCUCUUCCAGAAACCGAACGUGGCAACAAAUAUGUAUUCGGAGUCCCCGUCGAGCUACAUUCAGAUCAGGGGAGGAACUUUGAAUCCCAGGUGUUUGGAGAGAUGUGCAAGGUUCUGGGGAUUAAGAAGCGUACGACAUUAUACAACCCAAAAUCGGAUGUGAUGAUAGAGCGCUUCAACCGGACCUUGCUCAGUAUGGUUGCUGUGGUGAUAGCCCAUCGACGUCAACGCGAUUGGGAUGAGAAGGUGGCACUUGCAACGUUCGCCUACCGGGCAACACCACACGAGACUACGGGGGAAACACCUAACAUGCCAUAUGAAGGUCGCCCACUCUUGCCUUGGGAUGGGACAGAGCCAGAUGGAACACAUCGUCAACCACAGAGACAAGAAGGAGAAUCAGAGAUAGUAGGAGUGGAAAACGCUGAGGCGUUAGAAGAGACUCUAUACGAGGAAGUAGAAGCGGAAGAAGCUAGGGAGCUUAGUGAACCAGGAGUCAUCAUCAUGAAAAACUCACCACCGAAGAAGACACCAAGGGACCUUGAUGAAGCAGCGACAGGGAAGUGCCCCACCUGCCAUGAUGUGUUUCUGCACAAGCGCAGUUUGGAGCGACACAUCAAGGUGGAGCAUGGCCCGUGA